CCACGCCGGCACAACUACUUCGAUUUUCAUCUUUUUGCAUUAUAAACGCACAUAUCUUGAUCAUUUUCACUUAAAAAGUCUCAUUUUUUGUUCAGUCUUCUUGUGAACUCGUUUUCAGGUAAAUUCAUGUGCAAUUAACUGCUAAAGUUGACUUAAAAGUGUCAUCAAUGUGAUCUUAGAGAUAAAAAAAAAAUUGAUGAGCAAGAUUUUUAAUUUUUAGACUCAGAAAAACAAAAUCAAAAUGCCAACCGCAGAAGCACCAGAGCCUGCAUUAGAUGAGGACGUAGGUCAUUUGGAAGACUUAGAUGAGCCACCUGAAGGUCGUGCAGCCCGAGAAGGUGCUCAAGGAGGUGGACAAGGAGGCAGAGCAGGAUUAAUGAAGCCUUUAGUUGUUCUAGCUCUUCCUGGCAUGUAUCUUUUCUACAAAUACAGCCAGUAUCGACGUGAACAGCGUGAAUUGUCACGAAGACGAAUAACAGAAAGAGAGCUUCAACAUCUUCACCAUAAAAUCGAUAAACUUUUAACUAAACUCGAAGAAAAUGAACCUGAAUUAGCUUCUUCACAAGAAGAUGAAUGUGUUAUUUGCGUAAAUGCGAGAGCGACGAUGCAAACAGCACCAUGUGAACAUCGAGUGGUUUGCAGACGCUGCUUCGUUAAGACUAUACAGAUGGCUGUUUCUCAAAGACUGUUGCCCCUCAGAUGUGUUAUUUGUCGUGCAAAAAUUUUGCGACUUAAGCAAACUCUCAAUCCUAGAGAUCCUUGGGUCCUGCCUCAAAGUGCAUCAGAGUACAAUAUGGGUGCCGGAGUAGGAACAAGUAAUGGACCAGGUGGAAGAUGGGGAACGGGUAAUGUUCCAGCGUCAGCAUCACUUUAUUCAAUGGCCAGUGGAUCAUCUUCCAUAUCUGGUGUGUCUUCCGUGUCUUCGGCAACCUCAUCAUCAGCAAGUAGUACUAACAGUGCACCUAUUAAGUCUACUAGAGUAAGGCAACCAACUGGAGCUACUUUAAGACGUACUCAGACACAAUCAAUGAAAAUGCGGAUACAAAAAUAUCAAGAUCCCAUUCCACAAGUUGCUGAAAAUGAGGAUGUUAUUAGAGCGAAUAGAGAAAGACGACUGCCGCCAAUUAAAGAGUUCCAGAGCGAUUAUCGGGCUGGAAAAGCUUCCACGAGGCUGAGAUGCGCACAGAAGAUAGUCACACAACUGGAAAUAUCACCAAAUCACCGAGUAUCAUCAUGCAGUUCUGAAAAUUCUUCAAAACCCUUAGCAAAGUCCACUUCAUCAAGGUCUUUUUCAUCUUCUUCAAAUAAUAAAAGACCAAUGAGUGUUCCAAGGACGCCAAUGACAGUAGCCCAAGAGGUACAAAAGACAAAGAAAGAAAAAGAAAAGGAAAAAGAACGUGAAAAAGCUGAAAAGGCUCGACAAAAAGAAGAAGAAAAAGCUGAAAAAGCACGACAAAAAGAAGCUAAAAAAUUAGCAAAAGAAGAAAAAAAACGUGCAAAAAAAGAAGCUAAAGCUCGCCGAAAGGAAGCUGAAGAAGCACUUUUAAGGGAUGAUAAAUAAAUUUCAUUCUUUCCUGCCAAUUAAUUCAAAAUAAAAUCCGAACAAUAAUAAAUGGAUUUGAAUGAAUACUCAAGUUAAAAGCGGCUUAAAACAGUAAUCAAUAUAAUAACAAUAAAUAGAUAAGCAAGACCGAUUCUGUAGUAAAGUUGAAACGAAUAGAGACGCAAUAGCACUUAGAAAAAGAGGCGGGAAAAUAAAAAUAAAGUCAAAAAGAGCUUGAAGAAUCGUUUUUGUCUAACUAUUUCAAUAAAAAAUAGGCGAUAAAGUCUAGAAGUGGCCAAAAAACAAUUACAUAAUGAUAAUUACUAGUAAUUAAUAAUAAUAAUUAAUAUUAACUCCUCUAGGGAAUCUUGAAUUUGAGAUAAAUCUUAUCGAUAAAUGAGGUUGACAAUUCUAGAAAAUACUCUUUACAUUUAGAUCGACUAGGAUUCUACUGUAGAAAAUGAUGACAAGUGAAUAUUUAAAAAAUAAACUAAUGAUUGAGACGAUGGAAACUAUGUCAAUUGAUGGAAGAAUGUUUAGCCUAAAAAAUCAAUUAAUUGCAAACAAACGAUUGAAUUAUUAAUAAGUAGUGUCUUUUUUGUUGAGAAUCAUUUUUUUAUGUAUUUUUCAAAGACUUAGUCUUUCGUCUCCGAUCCAGAGAUACAAAUCAAAAUUUUGUAAUCAUCCAAUGGUUAUAGAAAUGUCAGAAUAUCAAAAUAAUUGCAGUUUAAGAAAUAUUUAUUUAGCAAAAAUAAAGAAGACAAAAGAGGGUUUCCAAAUAUCGAUUACUAAGUUAUUUAUUUUUAUUUCAAUUUAUUCAAAAUUAGUCAGUUUAUAUUAAUUAUUUUUACGUUUAUUGGUUGCAAUAAUUUGCACACUUUUAUCGAUUCUACUGAGAAUAACAAUAAUAUAAAAAUUAGUGGAUUGUUUAAGGACGAUAAAUGGAAUAAAAAUAAAUGAUCUUAACGCACAUAUCAAACAAAUAUUACCAUUAAUUAGUUAAUUAAUUAAAUUAUAUUGGCUUUAGUCGGUGGGCUGCAACCCUAGAAUGUCAAUUAUAAUUGUUAUUAAAUAUUUAUCAACUGUUGACAAAAAGAUUAUACAAAAAAUGAAAAAAAAAUUUUAAUUAAAUUUUAACGUAGAGUCAAUUCAAGUAUCAUCGCUAAUCUUACGCUUUUUAAAUUAAAUUGUAUUAAGAAAAUGGUUGUGAAAAAAUAAAGUCUAAGAGGCAUAAAUUGUUAAGCUUGUCUUUGAACAUUUCGGAAUGAAAUUUCGAUUGAUUAUUUGAAUAAAUUUUUAAAAAUAUUGUCAUUCUCAGUGGAAAAUUUAUUUUAUCGUUUAAAUACAUAAAUGGAAUAAUUGACAAAUACAUUUAACAUUAAUAUAAUGUAUUUGUCCUUGUUAUUUGAAGUUAAAGAACGACCUUCACGGCAUUAAUCGAUCAUUCGAUCUCUCAACGUCACCGCGAGGUUACUUAAGGAAACCCAGAUAUAAGUAAGACAAAGUUAUUUGGAAGUAAAACUGUAACAUCAAGUGGUAUAAAAUGAUUCUUUUAAGAAAAUAUGGAUAAUAAAUAAAUUAUAUAAUAUUUAUUAUAUUGUAUUACUCCGUAUACACUUUAAAAUAUCAUCAUUGAAUUAAUUAAUAAUUAACUUAUCUAUUUAUUAAUUAAUUAAUGAAGUAAGUAAAAUUGUUGGCAAUAAUAUCUAGUCUAAUUAUUCAUUUCCAAGUUCAUGUUAAAUUAGAGACAAUUUAUUCAAAUCUGUUGGAUAUGUUUUAUUAAAAAAUGAAACAAAUCUAAUGUGAUUUUUUUUUAUGAGAGACGUAAAUCGAUGGGAUCAAUUUUUUUAUUCAACUAAUUUUUUUUUCCUAUAACCAACUACAUACAAUUUUUAUUAUUGAUUAAGAAUUUAGGAGGACUCCUUCGUUUUGCGUCUCUUUAUUUAUAUGAGAAUGUAAUUAUUUCAAUUGAAAAUAAUUACGAUCAUCGAUUUAAAAAAUUUAUACAUCACAGUAUGUGAUAGAAUAGAUGAUAAAAAAUAGCUUUUUUUAUUUUAUAUGCGCGCUUGUAUUCUUAGGGAUACUUUCGAAGAAAUUAGAUGAGAAAAAUGUCAAUAAAAUUCUUAAAACUAUAUAAAUACAUCCUAUGAAGCAUUCAUUAUAUAAUGUGUUAUAAAAAUUAUCAAUAUUGUCAGAUGAAAAUUUUCAAUAAAACAUCUUCGAAAUAGUUGAAAUGUCCCGCACUUUGUAAUAGCUUUGAAUUGUAGAUUUGGAAAAUCUAUUUUUAGUAGUUUUAUUCAUCGAC